AAGUAUAUUCUCUAUAGAUAAAUUCUAUGCUACGUUUAUAUUCGAUUUCUACUAACUUAGAAUUUUUCGACGAAUAGGUCAAGGAAAGCGCGUCGCAGCACGAAUUACGUUUAAAUUAUCAAAACACGUUUAAAAAUGACGGAACAAAGUGAUAGAAGUCAAUUACCACCUGGUUGGGAGUGUAGAUAUGAUUCUCGUAGUGGACGUCCAUAUUUCAUAGACCAUUUUAACCGAACAACAACAUGGGAAGAUCCAAGGAUACGAUAUUGGCAAUACUCUCAAUACGUACAGACACAAAAUUCCAUAGCAUUAAGUUCUGCCACAACCAUUACUUCUCAAGACAUACCUAUGCAGACUGGAGGAAUUGGUGGUGGUGGACAUUUAGUUUAUACAGGAGCUCAUAGAGCUCCUCAAAUUUAUCCAACACCAUCGCCUUUUCAUAAUCCUCAACUUGCAUUUUUGCCACCUAGUUUACAGGACUUAAAAACUCCAAUAUCUAUGAAAUCAAUGAGUGCCAUGACAAAUCGGUUUGGUGAAAUUACUUUGGGAUCACCAACACCAGUGAGAAAUAUGGAAACUACUUUAACACAAGAUUCUGAUUCUGAAUUGCAAGUUGCAAAAAUCAAUGCAAUGUUUCCUACAGUUUCUGAUACUCACAUACGACUGCUAUUAAAAAAAUACCAUAACAGAGCAGCUUUGGUUGUGAGUGCUCUCCAAGUGGAAAAGAAUCCUCUUUGCGCUCCAGGACCGUGUACACCUAUGGGAGUACACUCAAAAUAUGCAAUACCAAGAUGGAGGCUACCAGCUCAUGCUAUACAUGCAGCUUUAACAUUGAGUCCACCUCGUGGGGUUCGGCCAGCCCCUAACUCCCCAAAAAUGAAACUUAGGUACCUGAAAAAUGUAUUUCCUAAAGUUGAUGAAACAAUGUUACUUGAUAUAUUGGAACAAAGUGAAAAUAAUGUUCAAAAAGCUUCUGAAAAAUUAAUUGAUCUAGGCUAUGAAAAACGAAAUCUUACUGCUCCUAAUAAAUCCUUGAAUAAGAAGAAAGAUAAAGAUCAAGGUCAGAAUGAACGAACUGCUCCAACUCCACCUCCUCGUAUGAAAAGUUUGGAGGAAAAAAAUAAAAUGAAGGCACGCUUGACGGAAAAAUAUAAAUCUGUACCAGAGAGAGUAAUAGUGCUUGCUAUGGACAGCGUAGAUUAUGACGAAGAAAGAGCAAUACACAUAUUAGAUAUUAUGGUUGCAGAAGAAGCUACAAGGCCACUUUGUACUUCCAGUAGUCAAAGCAGUCGAAGCGAUGAGCGAAAGGGAAGUCCGCCUGUAACAGAAGCUAUAAAACUAACAGCAUCACCAAUUAAAAAAGUAGUUAAAGAAAUUGAUCCUGAGAAAUCCAAGAGAUCUAAAAAUAAAAUAGAAAUACCAAAAGUUUCUCGUGGAACUAGUACCACUGAAGAUAACGAACAUAAAUCUCCAUAUUUGUUAAAACCUACUGGUCCAAAUCCUGAAUUAUCAAAAGGAGCUAAUAACGAUUUAUUAUUACCAGACUAUGCACCAUGGUCAGGACCAGAUCCCAAUUUAUUAUCAAAAGAACAAUUUCCAAAGUCAGUAGCAAUGGGACAUGAUGCAUCUUUAGUAUCAGGAGGUUGUCUUGCUAAGGGUCCUAAUGCAGAAUUACGAAAAGGUCCGUUAAGAGGAUUAGCAGAAGGUUCUAUAUAUUCUCAAAGGAAUUUAGCUAAUACAGAAAGCCGUGGUAAAUGAAAUAUAUGUGGAUGUUUCUUUUUAAGUUUUUUUGCACUUGCAAAUUGACUUGAAAUAAUUUAUUCUCCAAAAAUGACUAUAAAUAAUAGUUCUCUUAUGCUUUUCUUUCGCAAUUUAUUAUUAAUGUGCAAGUCUUAAACCUUCAUAUUUCUGUUUUUAACAUCUUUUAACAAAUGAUUAUGCCUAUAUUUAUUUCUCAUCAGAUAUACACAGCUAUCCCUCCAUCUAUUAUGAUAAUAUCAUAUAGCAUACUAAUGUUCACUACAUUAGUAAUAAUAAGUAUACUUAUAGAAAUUUGAAAAUGUCUAAUAUAACUGAUUGAUUAAUAUUAGAUAUAUUCUCAAAUAUUUUUGUAAAAUGUAAAUCUUUUUUUUUCUUGUCUCAUUUGCAUAUAUUCUUUUAUUAUUUAAAUUAAACAUGAAAAUACAUAUUUAUUGAUAUAAAUAAUACGUUUUAUUGUUAUUAGUCAUAUAUUUCUAUUCUAUUGGAAAAAUAUAUUUUAGUAUUGUUUCCAUUGUAUAAAAAGUUGAAACAUAUUUGGUCUUUAUAUAACAAAGAAACCAAUAACAUUAACAAUAUUUCUAUAACUAGAAUACAGAUAUGCGAAAAUAUAAAACAAUAAUAGUCACAAUAUCUGCUUACAUUCAAUAUAUUCGUAUUAUUAAAGGAGUAGAAGGAUUUAAGAAUGUAUUAUCCUUAGUGAUUCAAAAAUAUCACAUCACUUCUACAUUAACAUAUCCUAACAAAUCUAAUAAUAUAAAAAUAUAUAUAUGUGAUAUAUAUAUAUAUAUCCAGAAAACUUUGUUUCAUGUUAUAUUUUUAUUGUUAAACAAUGAUUUACGAAAUUAUUUGUGGUAUAAUGAUAAAAUAUUUAUUUAUAAAUAUGAAAUAAUUUAUUAUAAUUGUAAUUAUGUAAAGAUAGUAUUGUCUAUCAUUCUUGUUUCUUUAAAUGUUUAUGUACUAUACCAAAUGCGUAAAUGGUUCAGAUUAUCUAGAAAUAUAACUAGCUUCGCAUUCAUUUAAACUAAUAUCAAUAGAUAUAAAAACAAACUAGAUUAAGAUAUUUAAUAAAUAAGAAAGCCAAAAUAUUCAGUAUUAAGUAUUUCAAUUAAAUAUAAGAGUACGUUUAAAUUGAAUAAUCUAGUGAAUAAUUCAAAUGGACAUUAAUUUUUUAUGAUACAAACAUUCCAUGAUAUAAAAAAUAAUAAAUAUAAUUCCGCAUAUCUGCAAUAUAAAUUCCAAUUUAUUAACAUAUAAUAUAAAUCAUAAUUGAGAUAUAUGAUUUAUAACGAAAAAUUAAAAAAAAGAAAAGAAUGUCAAGUAUAAAACUUAUAAGUGCUGUAAUUAAGUUAAUAGAUAGAGGUAUUUUCAUAGCUUCAUUCAAUAAUCCUGCCUUUAAAAAGAUUUAAUAUGCGAGUUCAGAAUCAAUAACAGAUGGGCUGUGGUUGAUACAUCAGUUGAGAGCUAUUUUUAUAGCUUUUUAACUUUUGAAAAAUUAUGGUGGAUAAAUAAUAUAUUUUGACUAUAUUUUAAGUAAUACUGAAUGCAGAAGAUUAAUGCAAAUAGAACAAAUGGGCUCUCUAGUUCUACUAAAAAAAAUUAUAUAUUUUAAUGUUAAGCACAUCUAUACUUUUUGAGAUAUUAUAUUAUAUAACAUUUUGGUGAAUGUAUAUCAAUGUGUAUAAGACAGCAAAUAAUGUGAAUAUAUAUUACUAAAAUUAACAGAAAAUAUCUUCUAUUUAGUAAGAAAAGUUUCAUUUGAAUAUUUGGAAAGGAAUACUUUAUUGCAUGAAUUCAUUAUUUGCUAUAGUAGGUUGUUUAGAUUAGAUUAUAGUAAAUUUAGUAUUUUAAACUAUGUGUAUCUCUCUCUUUCUGUUUCUCUCUCUCUCUCUCUUAUUAUCUUUACAUUAAUUAUUUAGAACAUAUUUUAUGCAUUUACAUAAUUUUAAUCAAAAAUAAUAUUAUUUUUUUCAUAAUUAAUACCUGAAUAAAUAAUUAAAUUACUUAUCA